AUGGUAAACCUGGAACUGGUCCUUUGCGUCUGGCGAAUGGUGGUUGGAGAGGGUAGUGGUGGCAGUGUCAAUGCGAUUGACCUGCGUUACGAAGCUCAGAAUCUAGAACACUUCCAGGUCAACUUCCGGAAUGUGAAAGCUGUCAAGUUCCCCACCCCUCUGCGCCCCUUUGUCACCAGGGAAGUCUUGGUAGAAACAUACGAAGAGAGCGUGCCUGUGUCCAGUUACCAGCAGGCAGGAAUUCCUGUGGACUUGAAGAGGAAGAUUGCGCGGCUGGGGAUCAACAUGCUCCUGAAGAUGAUAUUUGUGGAUAACUUUGUGCACGCAGACCUUCAUCCUGGAAACAUCCUGGUCCAGGGCGCUGAUGGCCUGUUCUUGAGUCAAGAAGCGCAGCUGCAGCAGGCAGACGUCUGUGACAGUCUGGUGGUGGCCAUGCCAUCUGCCCUGCGCCCGCUGCGACUAGUGCUGCUGGAUGCUGGCAUUGUGGCAGAGCUGCAGGCCCCUGACCUGAAGAAUUUCCGGGCAGUUUUUAUGGCUGUGGUGAUGGGGCAGGGCCAGAGAGUGGCUGAGCUCAUCCUGCAUCAUGCCCGGGCAAGCGAGUGCAGGGAUGUGGAGGGGUUCAAAACUGAGAUGGCAACGCUGGUGACCCAGGCCAGGAAGAACACCAUCACCCUGGAAAAGCUUCAUGUGUCCAGCCUUCUCUCCAGUGUCUUUAAGUUGCUGAUGACUCACAAGGUAAAGCUUGAGAGCAACUUUGCCUCCAUUGUGUUUGCCAUCAUGGUGCUGGAGGGGCUUGGCCGCUCACUGGACCCCAAACUGGACAUCCUGGAGGCAGCAAGGCCCUUCCUCCUCACAGGCCCAGCGUGUCCCCUGUGAUGGGGCAGUGGGCCUCUGUGGGCCCUUGUCAAGAGCUGGAGGCCGCUCCCAAGAGCCUCUCCUGUGGCAGCUGGGAUGUUUUAAAAGUGGGACACCAAUUCCAAAUGUGGCCCUCCAGUGGUGGAAGGCACACCGUGGCUUCUCCUCUGCUUGGUUUGAGGGUGUGUUCAAAAGCUUUGGGCCAAUUAGGGAGUAAAAGGGAAGGGGCCUAUCCAUUCCAUUGUGGAAGCUGGGCUAGGUGCCAGGGACACUUUCGUUCAGGGAAAAUGUUCUGCAGAGGAGGAUGAAUAAAUUUAUUUUGUUUUCCUGUU